UUCUAUUGUAUAAAGUAUUUAUGUUUUACAAUAUAGGUGCAGUAACUCCUGUUAAAGAUCAAGCCAUCUGUGGUUCUUGUUGGAGCUUUGGAACAACGGGAACUAUUGAAGGUGCAUUAUUUUUAAAGACAAACAAGUUAGUUCGCCUUUCACAGCAGCAGCUAAUUGACUGCAGUUGGCAAUAUCAAAAUAAUGGUUGUGAUGGUGGUGAGGAUUUUCGAGCAUAUGCUUAUGUCAUGGCAGUUGGUGGAUUAGCAAGUGAGGAUGAUUAUGGGCAAUAUCUUGGUGAGGAUGGUAUCUGCCAUGACAGAAAUGUUUCAAAAACUGCCCAGAUUACAGGUUUUGUAAAUGUUACAAGCAGUGAUGCUGAUGCAUUAAAGAAAGCCUUGGCAAAGAAAGGUCCCAUUUCUGUCAGCAUUGAUGCAGCUCACAAGGGGUUCUCAUUCUAUUCCCAUGGAGUCUACUAUAAUCCAGAUUGCAAAAGUAGAGAAGAUCAGUUAGAUCAUUCUGUUCUGGCUGUCGGAUAUGGUGUGAUGAAUGGUCAGCCCUACUGGAUUAUAAAAAAUUCAUGGUCUACAUACUGGGGGAAUGAUGGUUAUGUGCUAAUGAGCCAAAAGGAUAACAACUGUGGUGUAACUACUUCACCUACAUAUGUUUUAAUGUGAAAACAAAAAUUACAUGAAUGUGAAACUGCAAUUAAUUUUUUUAAUGUUUUUGCAUUUGUGAAAUGAAAAAAUAAAACCAAUCUUUAACUCUA